AAGAUUUUAAAUAAUUUACGUUUUGAAUGUCCAAUGAAACUUUCGGAACUGAAUGAUCAACUCUUAAAACGAUAACGGGCUUCAAACGCGAUAAGCUUAGCUUUAUUGCAUACCUUUUUUGAACAGUUCAUGUUACAAUCUAUGUUUAUUUACCAUACUUUUUCAUUUAUUCAAAUGGCUUCGAGAAAUUGUAAAAUGAUUUUUGUUGGAAUAAUAAUUAGUUUAUUUAUAGCUAAAACGUAUGGCUAUGAUGGUUGUUGUGACACACGUCUAAAACAAGUGGGAUGUAUUUUUAAAACUCUGCCAGAAAUGACAAGUUGUUCUUCUUUAUGCGAUGACGGAAUCCAAUUUAAAAUUGAAAUAGCAUGCUGCUCUGGAACAUAUCAAUAUAACUGUCGUGAUUAUAACAAUGGCCACUGCAUCUUGUGGUACUGGUGGAUAAAUGACGAUCAAGUAAUAGAUAUACUAAAUCGUAACACAGAUAUCUGCCCUCACAAUGAGACUUACAUGAUAUGGUUUCACUUAGAGAAGCUGAAAUGUGACCAGAACCCCUGCCAGAAUAACGGCACUUGUACAAGCACUGGUGGCCAAUAUACAUGUAACUGUGAUGGAACUGGUUUCUAUGGCGUAAAUUGUGAAACAGACGAAUGUAAACCCAUACCUACUGAUGUCGUUUUCGUCCUUGAUUCGUCAACCAGCAUGACAGAAAAUGAAUUUUACAAACAAUUGCAAUUUGUUUCUACGUUUAUCAAUCAUGUCGAAAUUGGACCAACUGAUUUUCGAGUUGGCAUUGUAACAUUUUCCUCUGAUGCUAAAGUAGAAUUUGGAUUCAACGACUAUUUAACAAAUGACACCCUGAAAGCAGCCAUUGAACUAAUCAAAUUUAGUCGUGGGGUCACGUUUACACAUCUUGGUCUGGCAUCUGCGGAAGCCAUGUUCAAAAAUAAGUCCAUGAGUAACAAUGCAUCAGCAACACGGAAGAAGUAUGUAUUUGUCUUAACAGACGGGAUGUCUUCAAACAGAAAAAAGACAGAAUCAGCAGCUUUAUCUCUGAAGAAGAUAGUACAUAAAGUUAUAACAAUCGGAAUUGGCUAUGAAGUUUCCCACAGAGAACUAUUGACUAUUUCGUCUCCGCCUGAUGACCUAAAUGCUGCUUAUGUGUUCUCAGUGGACGACUUCAAUUCCUUAAAUACAAUCUUGAAAGAACUGGUACAGCUGACGUGCGACAAGUGUGAAUCAAGUAGCUUCUCUGACGUCAUAUUUCUGAUUGACACAUCAUUCUAUAUAGCAGACACUGACUUUCAAAUUGCCAUAAGUUCUAUAACAUACAUUAUCCAGCAUUUGAAAAGUAUGGACAUAACCAAAGGAACAGAUGUUGGCAUCUUAACUUAUGAUGCACAUAACAGUAAGAUUGUAUUGCCAUUAAAUCAUACCAUGGAUAAAAUUGACAUACUUCCAUAUCUCCAACUGCUUACCAGGGAAGAGGCGACAUGUGAAAAAGAUGAGUGUCAUGUUGAAUCGAUUAAUGAAACAAUGUCCAUUUUCCAUGAAGCUUUAUUCGACUUCCGAAACGAUUCGAGAAGAUUUAUUGUUAUUCUAACAAAUGGCAAAUUUGGAUAUGCUGAAAGGCCUCUAAGUAAAUUGAUUGCACGGCUUAACGGUAUAUACGAUGUAAACCUAUAUGUUAUUGGAUUAGGAGACGACGUAAAUAUGGAAGGUUUACUGUCAUUGGUCAAUGAUGCAAAUCACGUGUUCAUCACGUCAGACGAUUCUUAUUUCACACAUUUAGACGUUUUGCAGGCAGCAUUUACAUAUAAUGAAUGUGAUUUGCACUAAUGUAGUUUCAUAGUAGAAUUUAGUAGCAUCUUUUUUAUACUUUUAAAAACAUUAAUUUAUAUAAAACAGUGGAAAAUAACCAAGAUUGUGUAAAAAUAUAUUGCUGCUUCUGUC